GCCAGGUGCUUUAUGUGGGCAAUAUAAGUGCCUCCCCUCCAACCCUCUCUUCAACUAAGAUCAAUAAUCCUAACUGAAGGGAGACAGUGGCUGUAUUCAGUGAGAAGGGGUGCGUGAAUCAAGCCAUUCUAUAGGUAAAGCCUGUUGCUGCUACCCACAUUUCACCAACGUCAUCCCGCGGAACGUCGUGUGCUACAUUAAAGACGGCAACAUAUUAAACAUUGUCUAUCGUAAGACUAACUGACGCUACAAGAUUCAGUGAUGUGCUGUGGACAUAUCGAGGGAUUAUGAAUAGGCUGGCUAAUUGGACUCGUGGUGUAAACGUAACGAUCCCAACGCCUGUUGCCGGACAAAAUUGCGUAUCAAACUCGUCGAACUCUGCAAUCCUAGACAAAUCACUGGUCACUGCUCCGUCGUGGAGUUCGGUACAACAAGACUUAAGAUGGAUGUUCCUACUGCAUACGUAUGGUUUUGCAUGCCUUUUCUUCGUACUUGGGUUUUAUACAUUCUUCUCUAUUCUAAAUUUAAGAUCUCUCAUAUCGAGCCGGCCGUUUAUGUCUACGAUUAAUAUAUUCCUAUGUUUACUCGGAGCGUCGAGAGCAGCAUGUCUGUUCAUAGAUCCAUACAAUCUCAAGGAGAUGAUGCCGAAGGUCAUCGGGUCGAUAUUAUGGGACAUUGGAUAUCCGUGUAUCGCGUCUGCCUUUUGCCUAAUACAAUUGGCUUUCCUGCAACUGACAAAGCUGAAAUUUGGCCCGGAGAAGAUACAAAAAGAAUCCUGCCUCAGUCUCAUUAUAACGGCACAUUUCUUCUUCAUAAUCGCCAGCGACAUCACUCUGUCCUCCCAUAAUUGCUACAUGGCGAAAUACGUGGUUCAAGCGGCGUUUCUCGUAUCGAGUGUCUUCCUGUACCUCGCGUUCCUGCACGCGGCUUAUAAGGUAGAUCAUCUGCUUCGUACCAUGCCGAACAGCAUGUUGACACGGGACAAUUCCAACGCACAUCAGAAAGGUAUCAUGCAGCUCGCGAUGUUAGCGCCGUAUAGCAAUUUGGCGACUUCAGUCGCUGCCGCGCUGGUACCGACCUUACUUGGUCCAAAGAUGAAGAGUCCGGAGGAAUCCGAACCCGCGAACGCAGGUAAAAGCGGCGGAAGAGGCUGUCACGGUCACGGAAGAAGGUAAUACUUUAUUAUGAAUCUCUCUUCCAAGUGUGAAGAGAUCCGACUGAGAUUUAUGAUUUCAGAAUCGCAAGUCACGGCCAAGGUGGACAAGCCAGAUAAGGUGGAAGAACCAGCACGGAAGGAAGCGACUCGUGUUACGAUUGUACCCGCGUGCACUGUACAAUCACCGUCGCAGGAACAGAAAUCGGCAGUACCGGAGGUCUACGUGAGACCACCCACUCCCACCCCAUCGAUCGCUAAUUUGCCGAUUAUAACUGUGUCCAGUCCGAGUCGCAGAAGUUCAAUGGCUAGCCGACGAGGUAGCGAUACAUCCAACAGAUCGUCACGCAGAAACUCGGAGUGUAGCGUCAGAUUCAUAAACGAGGAUGAUAUGUCCCCGAUCACGGAAUGCAGACGUAUGACGGAAGGUAGUCCCAGGCAUUUUCCAAGGGCACGAGGAGACGAGCCGCUUGAGAGAAGCCGUUCACCCGACAACAUAUCUCGACGAUACUCGGAGAAUAUCACACCGUCAGGUAGCACCAGAGAACUGAGACGUUGCUCCGAUUUUACCCAUGAGAAGAAUCGCGGUUCACAGUUUGCGACUAAGCUCAGGAGGAACAGCGAUUUCGGUAAUCGGACACCUAGAAGAAUGUUACCGCUUGAAAGUGAACAUGGUAGAUUGCCUAAAGUUCUGGAUCUCAGCCCUGUGGGUUCAAGACGCAGUUCCGACAUUGGUAACUUUGCAUCGUCUCGACCUGACUCGCGUAGAAAUUCCGAGAGCUGCUACCGACGUAACUCCGAAUUCGUUCAUAUUAAGCCGUUAAUUAUAAAUCGUCGAAGUAGCGAUAUCAGCAUCAGAACCUUGGAUAGGAGUCCCACGCACUUUCAGAGUAUAGUACCUGUAAAGAUGGAGAUACAGGAGAAAUCCGAAUCAGAUUCGGAUCAACCUGAUUGCAGCGAGAAGGCGGCGUUGAUGAAAGAUAACUCGAAGAGCAAAGAUGAAGAGACGAAAACGCGCAAGAAGAAUCUGUCAUGGAAUGACAAAAAUCUUGAAGACCCGGAGAAUAUUACAGCGGAAACUAACUUGCUUCCUGAAACGCCUAACGAAGCAAGAGUUAUGAGCACGGAUUUUACUCUUCACUCGAUAUUGAAUCACAUCGCAUAUGUGAAUCGAGCAAAAUCCGAUACACCGUUGCAUAUACCAGAAGCGGACACCGCGGCUGCCAGAAAGUCUCAGGUGCGAAGAGUAUUAAAUGUCACGCGCGCCACUGCAAUUCUAGGGAUACUUUUGUGCAUCACGGAUGCCUUUCGUAUUUUUGGACCAUACGGACUCUUCGCUGAAACUGUACAAUAUGGUACAGAGCCGGCACCAACGCAAUUUCCCAAGCCGUGGCCAUGGCUGUUAUACCAAACAAUAUCAAGAGCAUUUGAACUUGUGAUGGGCUGUGCUAUGGCGAGUGUAACUAAACAACCGUCAGUAAGUCCGCGACAUCAAUAUCUGAGUAGUUAUCCUAAUUAUUCCUCGCGUGUAAAAAGAGGAAACAAUCCUUACAUAUAAAGCAAUAGUACAUUCAGCCGUAAUUCAAAGAAUGAAGAUGCCAAACGAUAAUUCUUCUCGUUUAUUUUACUAAGUUUUAAUAUCAUUCCUUCACGCGACAAUUAAUAUAUUUUGUGAUGUAAUUCCU